UCUUCACAGGUACAGCACAGGGCGAGACAGCUGAGCCACGUUGAUUGUGUGAUCAUUUCAAGCAUUUCUCUUCCGUAUUUGUGAGUCAGAUGGGCAACUUCUGUUUUUUUGUAAGUCUUUUAUCUCUUAAAAAAUAUUUUCUGUUUUGAUGAUGGCUUCUGUCACCAUCUCUUUGUGUGUUUCGAUUAAUAAGGAAGUAACAGUUUGUUUACAAUCUUUUCGUCGCCGUAGAUGCACCCUGCUUGCUAGCUAGGAAACGCAGCAGAUCGAGAGGAAUAAAGAAAAAAGAAGCCAAAUUGAUCCAGUAGAUCGUCUUUUUUUCGAACAUUGUACAUUCACGGGCAGAAUGAGUGUGGGUUUCAUAGGAGCGGGCCAGUUGGCUCACGCUCUGGUGAGAGGCUUCUCGGCUGCAGGUGUGAUUGCCACACACAGAAUCACAGCCAGCUCUCCAGACACAGACCUCCCCACAGUUCAGCAGCUCCGGAAAUUAGGUGUGAAUUUCACCAUCAGCAACAAGGAGACUGUGAGCAAAAGUGACGUCCUCUUCCUGGCCGUGAAGCCCCACAUCAUUCCUUUUGUACUUGAUGAGAUUGGACCAGAUAUCGAAGACCGUCACCUUAUUGUGUCCUGUGCUGCGGGUGUCACUAUUAGCUCCAUAGAGAAGAAGCUGCAGCAAUAUCGCAGCACUCCAAAAGUAAUGCGCUGCAUGACCAACACUCCUGUAGUAGUACGUGAAGGAGCCACUGUCUAUGCCACGGGCACACAUGCAGAGGUGGAAGAUGGAAAGCUUCUGGAACAACUGAUGGCCAGCGUUGGCUACUGCACUGAGGUGGAAGAAGACCUGAUUGAUGCUGUCACUGGCCUGAGUGGCAGUGGCCCAGCUUACGCAUUCACAGCCGUAGAGGCUCUUGCUGAUGGUGGAGUGAAAAUGGGCCUGCCCAGGAGACUGGCUGUACAUCUAGGAGCUCAAGCACUGCUGGGAGCUGCUCGCAUGUUGCUAGACUCAGAGCAGCACCCUGGGCAGCUCAAGGACAAUGUGUGUUCACCAGGGGGCGCCACCAUCCAUGCCCUUCAUGUUAUGGAGAGCGGGGGCUUCCGAAGCCUCCUCAUAAAUGCUGUAGAGGCCUCCUGUGUAAGGACUAGAGAACUUCAGUCUUUGGCUGACCAAGAGAAGAUCUCUCCAGCUGCCAUAAAGAAGACAACUCUGGACAAAGUGCUUCAGCAGCCAGGAGUCAAUGCAGACACUGUUGGAGUCAGAUCUCGUGGGAUCAGCAUCUUUAACAGCAAUAACCCCAGGGUCAAGAAAAACUGAUCUGCAAACUCAAAUGUGACUGGUCAUGUUUCUGAUGGUGCAGUAAAUGCUGUCUGUAAAUCACUGAAGAUGGAUAAUUGCUGACAUAAAGACAUGAGGAAAAAAAGAAAAGAGAAAUUCUGAUAUAUUUUAAAUAAGACCAGAUAGGAAGAAAUUUAUAUAGAUAACAAUUUUUCUUUGUAAUAAAAUCAUUUUUCCAUUAACAGAUAUUUUUAUAAAUAACUUGUAUUUUGGUCAAAUUUUUCAGGGGUAAGCAUUUAUUCUUUAAGAAUAAUUGGGGUCUGUUCAUAAGUUAUCUAAAAAGACAGACUUAGCCCAUAUGUUAGACACAACCAGGGAUCCGUAAGUAACCCUCUGAUAUGCAGAUUUAGGUCUGUAAAGUUCUGCAAGUAUUUGUACACAAGAUGAGAUGUGUGACUCUUAAGCAGAUUCUUGGUGAUACCUUCUCAUAUUUUUUUUUGUGCAAGCUUUUUUUGUGUGUGUGUGUCCUGUGUUUUCUUUAAUGGUGACACAUAGUUUAUGUUUACUAUGUGUAAGUGGGUGUUAAACCAAUAAAAAUCUUUUGAAUGCAAAACGA